AUGAAAGUUAGCCUCUUGUGUGUGCUGGCCAUGGCGGCUGUUGCCAUCGGUCUGACUGCUACCACCUCGGAGCCUGCACUCGCGCAGAUCUCCGAGGCAGCCGCUACGACCAAGCCAGAGAUCACCACCUCUGGUGUAAAGGGACUGGCGUUCGAUCGAUUCUACCAAGUCUGGCUAGAGAACAUUGACUUCGAGGACUCUGCUGCGGACACCAACAUGCAGUGGCUCGCAUCUCAGGGAAUUCUCUUGACCAACUUCUACGCGGUUACUCAUCCUUCUGAGCCCAACUACUGUGCUGCCGCUGGUGGUGACACCUUCGGAAUGGACAAUGAUGACUUCAAGCAGAUGCCUGAGAACAUCUCCUCGAUCGCGGAUUUGCUUGACACCAAGAGCAUCUCGUGGGCCGAGUAUCAGGAGCACAUUCCUCAUGCCGGGUUCCAAGGUUUCAAUUAUUCAAACCAGCAUACCUACAAGCCUGAUUAUGUCCGAAAGCACAACCCAAUGGUCUUGUACAACUCGGUUGUUGGCAAUGACUCCCGUGCACGCUCAAUCAAAAGCUUCCAGGACUUCGAGAGCGAUCUCAAGGCCAAACAGCUUCCUCAAUGGGCAUUCAUCACUCCUAACAUGACUAACGAUGCUCAUGAUACGAACAUUACUUUUGCUGCGAAGUGA